GCGUCAGCAUCGAUUACAACAUGGAUACACUAGAUUUCACGCGACAAAUUGAGGUCGUACCGAUCACGGAGACGUGUGUCGACAACACCCGACAGCUAGAUGCAGCCGAAGACGCCGUAUGGCCGCUCUGGCGCAGCGUCCGCAUCGCCAAUACUCCCCUUCGCAUUGCCAUCGUUCACUUUUGCAUUGAAAUGCAGCAAUCGUUUUGUUCCUAUAUAGAGACAACCCUCUACAAAAGCACAUCUUGUAAUAGCUCUGAACAAAUCGCCAAACGCAGCAAAAGAGAGAAGCUUCGACGGCAGAAGCUCUCUUCAAGUCUCUCGCCUGCCCCCUACAGGUCCUCUCAAUCCCCCAUCUGCUGUAUAUCUCCUCCAUAGAUCUAUAUCUACUUUAUACUAGUGUUUUCGGGCGAAAAUUUGCUGUUAAAUGGCUCAAGUAGCUGGCGAUAAGGUUAUGACGGAGGAGUCGACAGCGACGCCUCCAGGCAGCAGCGGGGGCGAUAGCCGUCCGCGUCAUCGCUCAUCUGCCAGUCGACAGAGUGUGCUACCAGUGCUGCAGUUCUGGAAGGCCUUCGAUCUCGACAGUAAACGCGUAUUGUUGGAUUCACAGGGCAGCACGAUGAAGAGCGAGAAAGAUGCGAGUGUUCGCUCCCGUAAGAAGCUGGCAGAGACCACCAAGCAAUUCCGACGACUAGCUACUGAUGCUGACAAGGCAGCGGGUGCAGGGCCUCUUCUCAAGGCUUACCAAGAGGAGAUAGACAAUUUGACACGACGAGCCAAGUUCUCAGAGAACGCCUUCUUCCAGCUGUAUAAAGGUCUCUAUGCUGCUCCUGACCCCGCUCCAGCUUUAGCAAUGGUAGCGUCAAGCUCUGGAACCGACGAAUUAGCGGAGGAGAACAAGAAAUUGAAGCGGGAGCUUAAGGAAUACGCGGCCGAGUUCGCCUCAUUGAAGAACCAGGAUAUCACUAUUCGGAAUUUAGAGGAGCAGGUCGCUGCUGCUAAGAGAGAACGGGAGGAUGCAGUGCAUCAGCAAGUAGAGAAACGUACGAGAGAACUCGAAGAUCAGCUGGAAAACGCUCGACUGGAGUGGGCGCAACAGCGUCGCGACUACGAGCGACAACUGGAAGCUUCUCGUGCUGAGCUGCGUGAGGCGUUUGCCAAGAUGGAUGCGAUGCAGUCUGAUUUGUUUGCACACAAGCAGCGUUCCGGACUGGCUCGCAAUGCUCUUGACGCCGAGAUGGAAGCUAUCUCGCAGGACUCGCUGCUGACGCAGACGCUGCAGUUGGAGAAUGUUCAGCUCAAGAAGCAGCUGGAAGAGUUACUCAGUGCUUCAUCGCCGUCUGAGAUUUUUAAUGCCCAAUCAUCAGCGCUUCCAAGCGAUGACACAGGGAGCGAAAGCUUACAGUCAGCGAGGGAGAUGCAGGCGGAACAAGAUGCUGUCGUCGCUGCACUGCGUCAAGAAGUAUUCCGUCUGAAAGAGGCCCACGCAACGGCGAGUGUAGCUGCAGUAGAGGAAGCGAAGCGACUGAAAACUGCGUUGGAGAAUGCUCAACAAAAGCAGAAGGAUCUCGAAGCAGAGUUGGCGGCGCGUCCAACAAUCGAGAAGUUCCAUGAGGUGACACGGAAGCUGCGAGUUCUGCAACAAUUGGAGUACAAUAUUGUCGACGAGGACGACGACAAAAGCAAAACUUCUUCGGCAGAUGCAGCAGAGAGCACCGGCGCUGUAGAUGGUUUGGAAGCAGCUACUGUCGAGGUGGAACAAAUCCUUGUGUCUCGCGUACGUCGUCUAGAACACUCGCUACAGGAAUGCGAGCGGACGCUUCAAACUAGAACGACGCAACUGCAAACUGUUCAAGGUGAACUUCACGAUCGCAACGAUAAAAUUCGAGAACAAGCGACUCUUAUUCGCAACCUCGAGGAGAAUGUAGCGGCUUUGGAAAAGGCUCGACGGAACCGCACGUCCGGUGUAAUUGGUGGUGAUAUCGGAUCGGAGAUCCUCAUGGAUGCCAUGGAGGACCAAUUUACUGGAACUUCGGGCUCCUCACGGGGUAAUGGGGUAGCAACAACAGCAGACACGGCGUCCUCUAGUGCGAACCCUUCGUCUGACAGCAAGAUGCUGGAGAUCGUUCGAGGCCAGCGUGACCGCUUCCGUGAGCGUAUGAAAGAGUUGCAGAGCGAGAAGAACCGCGUCGAAGAGCUCGCGCAGUCGUACAAGAGCACGGUGGCGCGUCUCGAAACGGACAACAUGCAGCUGUACCACAAGAUCCGGUAUCUGCAGAGUUACGGUGGUGACAAGUCUGGCGGCGCUCGCAUUAAGCCGAACUUUACUGCACUGGAAGAUGGCAGUGCAGGCGCGUAUGAUGUCGAAGAGCGUUACCGUGGAAUGUACGAGGAGAAGAUGAAUCCGUUCGUGCAAUUUAACAAGAUGGAGAACCAGCAGCGUUUCACCAAUCUCAACCCGGUGGAUAAAAUCCUGCUGACAAGCGCCAAGCUGCUAUUGGGACACCGCAUCACUCGCAACAUGGCGUUCGGCUAUAUCCUGCUGCUGCACUUCCUCGUGGUGGCCACGCUCUAUUCGUUCAUGCACGUCUGCGGAGUUUCCAACGACUCGUAGGCAAAAACUUGCAACUUUUUACAAAAGAAACAAAUUGCAUACGAAAAGUUGCAUGUUGAAGUGAUCCAAGUAGCAAUUAACUACGAUUUAUCUAAAUCUGAGUGAAUUACGGACAAUUAUCAUCGGGGCAA